GUCCUUCGGAGGCGCUGCGCCGGGUGGGCGGGCAUGGGGCUGUCCUGGCUACGAGUCCUCGGGCGACAAACCAGCCCGGUACUGCUGAGUCGUGCGUCUGCCUUUGAGUUCCCGGCUGCGGGACCGCGAACGCGAAGAGGAGAGUGGCAGCGUGGCGGGACCCGCUGUUUCCACCGAGCUGCGGCAGCCAUGGCCCCGAUCAAGGUAGGAGAUCCCAUUCCCUCCGUGGAGGUGUUUGAAGGGCAGCCUGGGAACAAGGUGAACCUGGCUGAGCUGUUCAAGGGGAAGAAGGGCGUGCUGUUUGGAGUCCCUGGGGCGUUUACCCCAGGCUGUUCCAAGACCCACUUGCCUGGAUAUGUGGACCAGGUCGGGGCUUUGAAGGACAAAGGUGUGCAGGUGGUAGCGUGCCUGUGUGUGAACGAUGUCUUUGUGACUGGAGAGUGGGGACGCGUGAAUAAGACAGAAGGCAAGAUUCGCCUCCUAGCUGACCCUACUGGGGCCUUCGGGAAGGAGACAGAUUUGUUACUAGAUGAUUCCAUGGUGCCCCUCUUUGGGAAUCGCAGGCUCAAGAGGUUCUCCAUGGUGAUAGAGGAUGGAGUAGUGAAGAUCCUGAACAUAGAGCCGGACGGCACAGGCCUCAGCUGCAGCCUGGCUCCCAACAUCCUCUCCCAGCUCUGAGCCUGGACCACAGGCUCUCCAUAUGCCCAGGCAGCCCCGCCUCACCUAGAGCCGCCCAGAUGGAACCUUGGCCUGAUGCCUGCAAUAAAUACUCUACCUUCA